AAAGUUGAAGCAUCAGACCUAAGAAAAGGCUCAUGACGUGGCCUGGGCUGUCUAACACGGUGCCUGCGCGCAAUUGGCGGCCUUGCUUAGGACCGGGGGAUACUCGGCAAGGGUGAGAGUGACAAAGUGAGUGGCUGGCUAUACAGUGCACAGGGCAGUGGGGGUUGCUGAGUGUCGAACAUCUUUCCGUCUAUGUCUGGGGCUCCAGCAGUGACAGUUUCAGACAAGAACCCCUAAGAAACUGAAUCCUUGCCUUCACCAUGUACUGUCUACAGUGGCUUCUUCCUGUCCUUUUGAUCCCCAAACCUCUGAACCCAGCCCUCUGGUUCAGUCACUCCAUGUUCAUGGGAUUUUACCUGCUCAGCUUUUUGCUGGAGAGGAAGCCUUGUACAAUCUGCGCAUUGGUUUUCCUUGGCGCCCUUUUCCUCAUCUGCUACAGUUGCUGGGGAAACUGCUUCCUUUACCACUGCAGUGCCAGUGAGCUGCCCGAAGCUGCCCAUGAUCCUGCUGUUGUUGGCACUUAGAAAGCUGCUAUGCUGGCGGAAUUCACAGAGUGCUGCUUUCUGCCAAGAUGGAGAUGCCCUUCUUCCAGCCGACUGACACUGCUUGCACCGUUAUGUGUGGUAUUAACCUGGGACAUUUGGGACUCCAUAUUAAAAUUUGGUGCAGCAGAAAAAUAAGUGCACUGUUCUGUAAUUGGUGAUGGGCAUCGGAUUCUCUACUGUGUCCCUCCAUGCUCAUUUAUCUCUUUCCCUGGCACCACUGCCAACAUGUGGGCAGAGACAAUAUAGCACUGCCAGGUCUUGUCAUUGAUGGGGAAAAGGAUUUUUAAUUGUCUGUAUUUUGUUCCUUUGUUUUUGAUACUUUACAAUCACAUAGACACCUCCCAGGCCUGACACAAUGAAACACUGAAAAUGGCCACUUCGCAUAUGCCGCACGCAAACUCGUACACAUGGCAACAGGCAAAAAGGAGCAGCCUAGCUUUCAAUAAAAUGGAUGUGGCGCCAUCUUUGGAGGAAUGAAAACUACCCAAUAGCAUGCAGUAUUCAGUGGGUGCUGUUCCUUGUAGCCUGUGUACCUCCAACGGAUACUAAUUGUGCCAAGCUGGUAUGUUUACAUACAAGAAUUCACUGGAGCGUAUUAUGAAUUUCCAGCUUCUGAGCCCAGUCAUUUUAACCUUUUUUUUUUUUUUUUUUUUGGUGUUGAAAAGUUCUGAAUAAAGCUUUAUUAAUCAUA